AUGGAGAAGCCAGAAGCAGCCGCUCACCUCGAGCAGUCUGAGUCCAGACCCAGCAUCUCGCCCAACCAUACCCGUGGUCAUGCCAUCCAACAUCAAGAACACAGCCGAACCUACCUCGAAACCCUCCGCAAAGAUCCAUGGCUUCUACUCUGGAUCGCCGUUAUGCUCUGGACUUUAAUCGUCCGUGGCUUCGAAAACCAAUCCUCCGGCUCCGUCAUCAGCAUCCCCGUAUUCAAGCGACGAUUCGGCGAGCCCAACGAGAAAGGAGAAUACUUUAUUGAGACAAGCUGGCAAUCCGCGCUUAGUGGUGGUUCUAAUGCUGCUGCUAUCUUUGGUGCUUGGGCUUCGUCAUAUGCGGCUGAUAUUAUUGGCUUCAAGUCUGUUAUUCUGGCGGCUGCUGCUAUCAAUAUUGCAUCCGUUGGAGUUGAGUUCGCUUCUACAUCUAUCGAGAUGUUCUUUGCUGGAAAGAUGGUCAACUUCAUCGCUAUCGGAGCCUUUCAGAACCUCUGUACUGCAUAUGUUGCUGAUGUCUCGCCACUGGCUAUUCGAUCCACUGCUAUCGGUUUCUGUAACCUCGCGCAGUGCAUUGGUCCUUUUGUCUCCGCCAUUAUGUCCAACUUCAGUUCGCAGUGGGAUAGCAAUUGGUCCUGGCAGUCGCUGAUCGUUGCGCAAUGGGGCUUCGCAGCAGUUGCACUCGUUGGUCAAGUCUCAAUGCCCGAGUCGCCCGUCUUCCUUGUUCGCAAAGGCAAGAUGGAAAAGGCUCGACGUGCUCUUGAGCGCAUGUACUCUGACCCUGAGGACGCCUCCGGCCAUCUCGAGCGUAUCAAGUUGACGUUGGAGGAAGCGGACUCGAAGAACCUUGGUUCCUACAUGGACUGCUUCAAGGGGAUCAAUCUACGAAGAACCCUCAUUGCCAUCAUGGUCUUCCUGUCUGAACCCAUGUCUGGUCUGGGCUUUGUCUCCAACUACGGUGCUCUGAUGUACCAGUACCUCGGAAUUAGCGACAAGAAGUCCUUCGAGAUCCAGAUCGGCGCUCAGAUUCUGUCAAUGUCCGGUGCAACCAUUGCCUUCCUUGUCGGAGACUUCUGGGGUCGUCGACCUAUGUACAUCAUCGGAUGCGUUGCCCUAUCAUGCCUUCUCAUCUGCAUGGGUAUUUCCGGGUCCGUCAAUACGACCGCCGCUGUGACAGUUUCUGUUGGAUUCUACACAAUGUACAACUUUUUCUAUAACGUUGGAGUUGGUUCAACUGUGUACACGCUGGCGGGUGAAGUUCCCACCUCUGCCCUACGAACCAAGACGAUUGCCAUUGCCAUCUCCAUUUCUUCAGCUGUCAACACCAUGUGGUCGUUUGUCGCGCCUUACAUCUUUAACCCUGAGUAUGCCAACUUGAAGGCAAAGAUUGGAUUCAUCUUUGGUGCGUUCAUGGUCGGAUUCGCCGUCAUGGCUUACUUCUGGGUACCGGAGACUCGCAUGAGGAGUUAUGAGGAGUUGGAUGAGCUUUUCCAGAACAAGAUUCCUGCUCCCAAGUUCCGAAAGACGGUUACUAUGGCUGAACGCCGUGCUGAGGAAGCCUACGCGAUUGAGAAUGGAGUGAAUGAGAAGAUUCGAGAUGCUUAG